UGGCACUGAGCCUCAGGGGCACGAGUGUGCUGUAGCUCUGUGUAUCCGCCUCAUACAGAGCAUGUACUCAGUGAGUAGUUUUUGUGGACUAAGGAUGAUGAAAGAAGCUAGACAUUUUACAGGUUGUUGGAACUAUGGGACUUUUCUAAAAGACACAGAAGAAGCUGUGACUGAGGUUCUUCAACUGGAGCAAGUUGUCAUUGCCGGCUAAAGCACUGAGGGUGAAGGUACCUCAAAAGGGACUGCUGAUAUUGUUUCAACUAAGGAAUACGGGGUGCUUUGCAUUCAAGAAUACAGGAAAAGCAGCAAAGUGGAGUCAAGUACGCGGAACAGCUUCAUGGGCUUGAAGGAUCACCUGGGGCAUGACCUGGGCCACCUUUAUGUGGAGAGCACUGACCCACAGAUAAGUGCAGCUGUACCUUGGCCAGUGGUAGAGAAGCCAACAAUGGAUGCAGUUAAUGCAGAGAAAGAAGAAAAAGAGGUAUCUGAAGAGAAUGUGAGCUCUGGGGACUCUGAAGAAAGCACAAGUUCUGAUCACGAGUCAGAGCAACUGAGUAGCAUUGCAGCAGAGCCGUGCUUAUUAGCCAAGACUCAUAGACGACUAUGUAGGUCCCCCUGCUUAGAGCCUCACCUACUCAAACACAAUGAAAUUUUGCAAGACUUUAAACCAGAAGAGUCCCACACUCCACCCAAGGAAGUGAAAAAACCCCCUGAUGUGGUACGAGAGUACCAAACAAAGCUGGAGUUUGCACUUAAGUUAGGUUAUUCCGAAGAACAAGUUCAGCUUGUGCUAAACAAACUUGGUACUGAUGCUUUAAUCAAUGAUAUCUUGGGAGAACUUGUCAAACUUGGAAAUAAAAGUGAAGAUGUUCAAACAGUUAGUGCUGUUAACAGUAUAAUGCGGGAAACCUCAUCCCUAGAAUCUCAGAGGUCUGAAUCUCCAAUGCAAGAGAUUGUCACAGAUGAUGGUGAGAAUCUGAGACCCAUCGUUAUCGAUGGCAGCAAUGUGGCAAUGAGCCAUGGAAACAAAGAAGUAUUUUCCUGCCGAGGAAUAAAACUGGCAGUGGAUUGGUUUCUGGAAAGAGGCCACAAAGAUAUUACCGUUUUCGUUCCUGCUUGGAGAAAAGAGCAGUCCCGACCUGACGCGCUCAUCACAGAUCAGGAAAUUUUGCGUAAACUAGAGAAGGAGAAAAUCCUGGUUUUCACGCCAUCACGGCGAGUCCAAGGCAGGCGUGUGGUCUGCUACGACGACAGGUUCAUCGUGAAGCUGGCUUUUGAGUCUGAUGGAAUCAUUGUGUCCAAUGAUAACUACAGGGAUUUGGCUAAUGAAAAACCAGAAUGGAAGAAGUUCAUCGAUGAACGGUUAUUGAUGUAUUCCUUUGUCAAUGACAAAUUCAUGCCCCCUGAUGACCCUCUUGGCAGACAUGGCCCAAGCCUGGAUAAUUUUCUGAGGAAGAAACCCAUUAUUCCUGAACACAAGAAGCAGCCUUGUCCAUAUGGAAAGAAAUGUACCUAUGGCCACAAGUGCAAAUAUUACCACCCAGAAAGGGGCAGUCAGCCUCAGCGGUCAGUAGCUGAUGAACUUCGUGCCAUGUCUAGAAACACAGCAACCAAAACUACAAAUGAAGGAGGACUGGUGAAAAGCAACAGUGUUCCUUGUAGCACUAAGGCAGAUAGUACUUCGGAUGUUAAACGAGGCGCUCCAAAGAGGCAAUCAGAUCCAAGCAUUAGGACUCAAGUCUACCAAGACCUAGAAGAAAAGCUUCCCACCAAAAACAAAUUGGAAACCAGGUCUGUCCCUUCCUUAGUUAGUAUACCGGCCACUUCUGCUGCAAAACCCCAAAGCACUACAUCUUUAAGCAAUGGCCUUCCAUCUGGAGUUCAUUUCCCACCUCAGGAUCAAAGACCACAGGGACAAUAUCCUCCAAUGAUGAUGGCAACCAAAAAUCAUGGAACGCCAAUGCCUUAUGAACAGUAUCCAAAAUGUGACUCGCCUGUUGACAUUGGAUAUUAUUCCAUGUUGAAUGCAUAUUCAAAUCUGAGUAUCUCAGGCCCACGAAGUCCUGAAAGGCGUUUCUCAUUAGACACAGAUUAUCGAGUGAGUUCUGUAGCUUCGGACUGCAGCAGUGAAGGGAGCAUGAGCUGUGGGAGCAGUGACUCUUACGUGGGGUACAACGACCGGUCCUAUGUCAGCUCUCCCGACCCACAGCUAGAAGAGAAUCUGAAGUGUCAACACAUGCACCCUCACAGCCGCCUUAACUCCCAGCCCUUCCUGCAGAAUUUCCAUGACCCCUUAACCAGAGUGCAAAGUUACAGUCAUGAAGAACCAAAGUUCCAUCACAAGCCUCCUCUUCCACACUUGGCUAUGCAUCUGCAGCACCCCGCUGUGGGUGCCCGGUCCAGCUGUCCUGGCGAUUAUCCCUCUCCACCAAGCUCAGCACACUCUAAGGCACCACAUCUUGGGAGGUCCUUAGUGGCCACGAGAAUAGACAGCAUUUCUGAUUCUCGACUCUAUGAUAGUUCUCCCUCAAGACAAAGAAAGCCUUACUCCCGCCAGGAAGGGCUGGGAAGCUGGGAUAGGCCGAGUUAUGGGAUGGAUGCAUAUGGGUAUCGGCAGACUUACUCCUUACCAGACAACUCCACACCCCCGUGUUACGAGCAGUUCACCUUCCAGAGCCUGCCUGAACAGCAAGAGCCCACCUGGCGAGUCCCGUACUGUGGAAUACCACAAGAUCCCCCAAGGUAUCAGGACAACCGAGAGAAGAUUUAUAUCAACUUGUGCAACAUCUUCCCACCUGACCUUGUGCGAAUUGUCAUGAAAAGGAAUCCUCACAUGACAGAUGCCCAGCAGCUUGCUGCGGCCAUCUUAGUGGAGAAAUCCCAGCUGGGUUAUUGAAAAGAUGAUGCAUCUUUGUGGUGUUUAGUAGUUUUUUGUUCAGCUCAAAUGCUGAGGGAGGUUUGCUACAAUAGCAUAUGUGAUCUCCUUCUCAGCAAGGAGGUUCUGUAGUAUCCAUUUAUGUGAAAUACUGUAUCAUGGAAUCUGUAUGUACAGCCCCACUUGGCGGAAGUAUCACAGGAUUGCUUUACAUUCAAACUUUUUUUUAACAUUUCCUUUUUAAAGCUAUAUCCUUGGCUGGAAGUUUCUCCAGUUUGAUUUACUAGAUGUAUCUGUGAUCUUUGAUAUUAAUCUUUGGUGCAUCAGGGGUUUAUAUGCAGCACUUUUUAUCCUCAUUUCAUGUUUUAUUAACUUGGUGUUUUGUCUAUCAAUUGCAAGCAAUUACAACACCUUCAGAAUGUGGAAAUAUUUGACUAGACCUAGCAAACUAUUUUUUCAAGCCAAGCUUACUAGAAUCUUUUACAGCUUUUUAAGUUAUUUUUAUUUGGGGAAAGUGGGCUUCUUUGUGCUAUAAUCAUUAUUUAUAGAAACAAAGAUAUACUACAGCACUGACUUUAUAUUUUAAACAAAGUGUAAGUUACCAGUUAUGUUAAAACGGGUAACCGUAUAUAUUAGAAUGAUUUCCAGUAUAGCACUUUUUAUUAUUUUAUUUUUGUUUGGAUUUUUCCUGUUAAGAAAUUAGUUAAUUUAAUAUGGUCAGUUUAAAAGAAAGCAGAUGCAAUCAAUGGAAAAAGUUUCCAUUUUCUUUUUUAUGAAUAAGUCAAAAGCCUUAACUGUUACAAGUUAAAGCUUCGUUAUCCAGCUAAUAUGUGUGUCUAGACAGUGGAUGAAAUUGAACUCCUAGAUUUCCAUUAACUUGUAUUUUUAAUGUCUGUCUUUUUGUGGGGGGCGGGGCACAACACUACUAGAUAAAUAACCCUUUCCCAGUACUUGUCUGUUUUUAAUGAAUCUAAUUAUUCUCAAUGCAACUUUUAUAUUUAAUACACUCUAGCUUUCCUGCUAUUUAUUGAGGCUGGCCUGAGGUGGUUUGAUGUAUUGAGGAUAUGCAACAUUUAUUGAUACUGCACUAUAGAGAUGGCGAUGGAGGAGUUGUAAAUGGUAACUUAAUUUUUGUAAGAUAUUGUAUAUUUUCCAUUCUCCCAGAGGUAGUUUUUUUGGAGGGCCUGUUAUAUUAUUAAGGCCAGACUCUUGCCACAAAUAGUGUAGUUUUAGAUACAGACCAAAGUCUGUUCUAGUAUUAGUAAGGGAUAUUUCUGGUUUCAAAGUCAUGAGUUUUGCUUGCUGUAGUUACAUUUCUGAGGAUUGGAUAAUGGAUUUGCGAUCAGUGGCAGACCCUGGUAUGGUGGAUACCUGUCAGUCCCUCCAGAUUUCACUUAGUGUAAAAGACACAUUGUGAUCUGUUUCUGUAGUCUGCCUGGAUGCUCUGGUCACUGAGAUUAUUCUGCAGUCUGAAGCAAAGCCCUGAAAAACCAGAAAGUACCUUUUACUGUUGAUACAAAUUGUAUCUUUUUAACAAUAAGAACUAUUUUGAUUUGUAGAUCUAGUUAAAAACACAAAUGUGUAACUAUAAUUAGACUUUUGGGCAACAUUUUAUCUCUUAUUUAAAUACAAAAUUUUCAAGUAAAAUCGAGGUCUAGAAUAGGGUAGAAAAUAAUAACAAGGUAAAUAAAAGUGUCUGUCUUAGUUUUAUAUAUUAAAAUAUAUUAAAUUUAUUGGCAUUUUCUUUCUCCUAAAACUUACCUAGUAUGAACUUAAAAUAAAGGUAAAAUGCUGCCUGAAAAUAACGUCCAAGCAUCUUUGACUAGGAUAACAUUUUCACUACUUGUGUGACACUAUGUGUUGCAUGGAGUAGGAUUUGGGUAUACAGUAAAUGCUUCUAAAAGGCAUUGUGCAUAUUAGCAUAUCCAAUAAUCUGAACCAUGUUCAGCAAACCUAAUUCAGGAAAGUGAUGUUCUACACAGUUACUGCUGUUGUGUUUGAGUGAAUGUGGCACGUAUCUUUACCCAGAGUAGCAGGGGUGGUGCCACACCAACCAUUCUGAGUGGUGUCUGUCCGAAAGUGACACUGCUGACUUGUGAAAUUGUCCUUGAUUUUGUCAGUCAUUAUCUAAGAGGCAAGUAUGUAUGCAGAGGCUAAAUGAGUGCCAAAAACAGGGUUGCAGAUGUGUGCUUCCUUUUAUUCUGACCAGAGUAGGAAGUAACCUGUCAUCUGAACAGAGGACCUCUGCUUCAUCUUAGCACUGUGAUUGCUUGAAAACCGGCAAACUUCACUAAAGUGUUUUAAGUGCAGUCUUAGGUAAAGUGGACAUGACUUUCAGUUUGACCUUCUUAGGAUAUAUAGCUGGCUGUUUGUCCUCUUUUUCUUACUUUCUGUGUCCUGCCAAUGUCUGUGUGGAGUGUGUAGCUCUGAACCCUGCCCUCCUCCGCCUAAAGUUUUCAGUGUAAUUAGGUGUGAGCUAGGGAAGGUCAGUCUUCUUACAUCAAGAGGACAGUUUGUACCCUUUUUGAGGCAUCAGUGUUGCUUUCAGAGCUUAAAAAUGAGAAAAUUGGCAGACAUUAGAUUCAGCAAAUUCUUGUUUAUCUGAAGCAAUAAAUAAAAGGAGACCAUUAUUAAAUUCAUAGCUAAUCAUAAACCUUUAUUUUAGCUGAAUUUUUCUUCCUAAUUGCUAAUCCCUAUUUACCAGAUAUGCUUUAAAAAGACAGUCCAAAAGUAGUGUGUUAGUAAGUCGUAAAAGUGCCAGAAUUGGUCAGCUGAUGAAAGGAAAAGGACUCAGACUGGAAUAUUCUGCCCCUGAAUAAUUGACAGUUGACUGUACUUUACACAGUAAUUAGCAGUCCGUUGUCUCUGUGUCUUAGUUCAGAGGGAAUAGUACUUAACUGGCCAAAUACUGGCCCUUGGAAUUCCCUCUGUUCUUGCAUGUGAUACAGACAUUUUCCAUCUCAUUUAUAAUCUGUAUAUCCUAACAGCUUGUCAUUGACCUAAACAUUGGAAGAAAGUAUCACCAGUAUAAAAUAUUUGACACUGGUGGAAACUUGAAUUUUGUGUUUUUAUGAAAAUGCAUUUAUGAGAAUAUGUAAUGUAACUAAAGAAAGUGUUUUAUAUAUACAUACAUGUUUGUUAUGAAGUACUAAAAAUUGGGAGGGCUCUUUCAAUGGCUAGCAUUCCCUGACUGAACUAUGUUUCUUUAAGUUGUGAAUGACCAAAUCUAGGGUCUGGAUGACCAAUGAUAAGCUUCAGAACCACUUAUUUGGAAAGAAACUCUUUGUUGGUUUUAUUCCUGGUAUUUUUAAAGAUUAUUUUGAUAAUUUUAAUAGGAUGUGUAAUUUUUAAAUACACACACAAAAACUUAAAGUAAUAUUGAUUAUACAAAUGAUUAUUUAACAUAUCUUUUACAUGUUGUAUCUAUAUGUAUAUAGACAGUAAUAUAUUUAUAAAACAAAUAUACUUUUGUUGUAUUUUUUAGUUUGUAAUAAGUAUGAGGAUGGCUCUGAGAGUGUGAGAGUGUGCGUGUGUGCACACGCACGUGUGUGUGUGUGUGCCUGUAUGUGUGUAUGUGUGUGUGUGUGUCUUUCUGUGUUUUGAAAACUCUGAAACCUUCCCCCCGUCUUAACUGGUAUUUACUCAAAAUGUAUGUUUUUGUUACUCCUUUUGCGACCCAUCAUCCUUAUUCAGGAUAAUAAGGUGUGCAGUGUUCUGACCAUACUGUUGACAUCUGGCUCUUCAUGUUAUUAAUCUCUAAUUCUUAGAGAAUGUCUGAAAUCAAGCAGAUUAUGUGUAGAGAUCAUGAUUAUGUUUUGAAUAUAUUAAAAAUGAAGACUCAGCCAUGAUCUUAAAAUUUCAAGAUACACACCAAGGAAUGAAGUGCCGAAGAAGAUGCGUGCACACGUGCAUUAAAAUGAGAGGGAGCGGGGUUCCCCCAGAGCAGAGAAGUGGGCGUGGCUUUA